UCCAGUUUCUUUUCUCUCUCUUUCUCUCUACCGCUGCUGCUGCUUAAUACAUACAUAGAUACAUACGGGCCAAUUACGCAAGCGAACGAACGAGCUCUUUUUUAUUUUUCUUUCCUUUUUCUCUCUAUACUUUUUCACGAUAUGCAUUCCUUCUGAUUCCUUUCCCUUCUCUUCUUUACCCUUUCUUACUCCACGUAUUCUCAUCAUCUUCGAUCGAGCGAGCGAGAUUAAUCAUGGAUCUUCUUUACCUUAUUAUGUUCCGUUAGUCCCUUCUCUGGGAAAUGGAGGCACCCUUUUUAUUCAUGAUAUCCCCCCCACUUUCGUUCUGAUUUGGGUUUUCUGAUGGAGCCUCGUAUUGGUAAUAAAUAUCGUUUAGGGCGCAAAAUCGGUAGCGGUUCCUUUGGAGAGAUCCAUCUGGGUACUAACAUCCAAACAAAUGAAGAAGUUGCAAUUAAGCUUGAGAAUAUCAAAACCAAGCACCCUCAACUUCUUUAUGAAUCAAAGCUGUAUAAAAUACUACAAGGAGGAACUGGAAUUCCAAGUCUAAAAUGGUUUGGAGUUGAAGGGGACUAUAAUGUUCUUGUUAUGGAUCUCCUUGGCCCUAGUCUUGAAGAUUUGUUCAACUUUUGCAACAGGAAAUUGUCACUGAAGACUGUCCUGAUGCUUGCAGAUCAAAUGCUUAAUCGUGUUGAGUUUGUCCAUUCGAAAUCAUUCCUUCAUCGAGAUAUUAAGCCCGACAAUUUUCUCAUGGGCUUAGGACGACGUGCAAAUCAGGUUUAUUCUAUAGACUUUGGUUUGGCUAAGAAAUACAGAGAUUCUUCCACCCAUCAGCAUAUUCCUUACAGGGAGAACAAAAAUUUGACGGGUACAGCCAGAUAUGCUAGUGUCAAUACCCACCGUGGCAUUGAACAAAGCCGAAGAGAUGAUCUAGAAUCUCUUGGAUAUGUUUUUAUGUAUUUCUUAAGAGGAAGCCUCCCUUGGCAGGGACUGAAAGCGGGAAACAAGAAGCAGAAGUAUGAUAGGAUUAGCGAAAGUAAAGCAUCUACAACGAUUGAGACCUUGUGUCGAGGCUAUCCGACAGAAUUUGCAUCAUAUUUCCACUAUUGCCGUUCUCUGAGGUUUGAUGAUAAGCCAGACUACGCUUAUCUGAAGAGAAUCUUUCGUGACCUUUUUAUCCGCGAAGGUUUUCAGUUUGAUUUUGUGUUUGAUUGGACCAUUUUGAAGUAUCAACAAUCACAACUAGCUAAUCCACCUUCUCGUGCACUUGCUGCUGGUACAAGCUCAGGAGUGCCUCAUGCAAUUGCUAAUAUGGAUAGACAAUCUGAUGGUAUUGGAGGAACAGGAUGGUCUUCUUCUGCAAAUCCAUCAAAUGCUCCUCGGAACACCAGUGGAAAUGCUGGAAACUUGGCUAAACAGAAAGGUCAAGUGCCGGCUAAUGAAUCAACUGCCACCAAAGAUCCAACGUUAUCUAGCUCCUCCAACGUUUUGAGAUCGGGUGGGGCUGCUAGGCACCCAGAUCCAGGAGCUCAAAGAAAUUCGGUAAAGAACCUUGACACCGCUCUCAAGGGUAUUGAAACUCUGCAUUUCAACAAAGACGAGAGGCUACAUUAUUGACUGACCAUCCAAUCAAGAUAGCAAGCAAAGCUUGGCCAGCCGAAAUCUCACAAGUCUGUGUGGAGGGAAUUAUCAUCUUUUCCUGUUUAUUGUUUUUUUUUUCAUUUCUUGGUUACUUAUGUAUUUGUUUAUUGAUUUAUGCUAACAUGAAAUUGGUGAACUUUUAGUAACAUGAAUUAAUAUUCUGAUUUCGCUUC